AUGAGUGGACGGGGUGAUAAUGGGAACGUCCGAAUGACCGGUUAUCGAUUGGGGGUAAAUGAUCGGGGUUAUGAUGAUAACCACGCGAACCACACCAUCGACAGUGUCUGCGAAUUGGAAAAGCUAUCGAUUGGCACCGAAAGUGACACCAAAGUCGAUGUCAAAGACCCGGACACCGAGACUACCGGUGCGAGCGCACCGCCGAUGGACCACCAGAUCCAGAGUAGGCGUUUAUAUGACCUCCCAAAACGACCUCCAGUACCACCACCUAAGCCUCCCGGUCUCGUAGUGAACCGGCCCUGCGCUUCUAAAACCCGGGUUGAGGUGGUUGAGCCCCCUAAAGGCCCGGCUCACUAUUUUGCACCCAAACCCUUUGUGCCGAAUUGGCAUCAAAUGUUUAAGCGUAUUGAGAGCCCCCAUAAAAAGUGGGGCUUUUCGCCAGACAAGGAUCGGCUAGAAAACGUUACAUUUGGCAUCAAAGUCAAUAUAUCGUGGGUGCGUUUGGGAAAGGGGGUCACUUUGGGAUAUACUCCAUAUAGCUAUAUUAAAAAGCUGUAA